UUGAUUUACUCGGUUUGCUUUAUAACCGUCUGUUUAGUGAUAAUGGAAUUUCAGAUGUGAGGCUACUUACUGGUGAUGAAAUAUGUCGGAAUCUUAAGACAGUUUAAAGUUUACAAAUUUUCCAGUGUAAUACCAGUUUUCUAAACCGCGUGCCGCGAUAUUUUAAUCAAAACGGAUAUGUAAUUUCAGACAGUACUCCGCUAAAAUAUUAGUUGGAUUAUUAUAGAUAAAUGGAUGUGUUUUAUGAUAGUUUCCAAAGAUGCCAAAGAAAUCUAAAACACAGAGGCCUGUCGCCAAUAUACAGCAGACUUCAACAUUUCAGUACUUGAUAAUCCUUAUACUUCUAACAGUACUCAACAUCUCUUUUUUCUUCGGCCUUAGAAACCCUUCUGUACCACUUCAGUGCUCAUCGGACACUUUGAUGCAAGUUGUUUCCCUUUAUCUUACAAGCAAUGGCCAGACAACCCUUAAAAACUUGUUACCGUCACAGUGUUCAGACUUUUCGAAGGACUCAGAAAAGGAACUUAAAACCGCUAUCCGUCAGCUUUUGUCAACUUGUGAACAUUCCCGAGGUGUUGAAAAAUCGGUAGUACGGACGGGACCACUCGUGACUUUGUUUACGACAUUCGCUGACCACUUUCAUACAGACUCUGAAAAAAUAAUCGUGCAUAAUAACACCCUCACCAACUGGGCGUCCUUCAUGCCGUCUGUUAACCUUAUUUUGUUUUCAAAUGAUACAUAUUGGACUCGCGUGGCUAGGUCGUUGGGUUGGGACGUUAUAAAACCGAUUAAUGAAAAUAAUGGCACGAAACCGCCAAUUCUGAAAGAUAUGUUUCGUUUAGCAAUGGCUCGUUACAAAACUAACUGGUAUGGUUAUGUUAACGCUGAUAUAUUAUUUACAAGUGAUAUACUCUUAAAUUUAGAGAUGUUUACACGAAAGUACAAUACUUCCGCUUCUAGAAUACUUCUGACUGGUCGUAGAACUAAUGUUGAUAAUCUUACAAGUCUCGAUCCGCUGUCAGAAAAGAACAUUAAAGAACACGCAAAAAAAUUUGGUCAAUUAUAUAAGGAAGACGCGGAGGACUUUUUCCUAACAACUAGCUCGUUUCCAUGGCAAAAUAUACUUCCGGUGGUUGUUGGUCGUCCUGGAUAUGAUAACUGGUUAGUAGGUGAAGCCAGAUGUCGUCUCAACACGACCGUGAUCGACGUCACGCAAUCACUGUUGGCGUUCCAUCAGACGACAAAAAAGGGAGGUAACAGUGAGGGACAUUAUCACCAUGAUAGCGACUUUAACUUCAAUGUGUUGAAGAAAAAUAAAAUAGUGCCAAAUUUCUUAGCCGGGCUUACAGAUUGUAUAAUAUAUUACACUUAUAGAACGUUCUGUGAUACCUUAGAGAUUGGGAAACGGACGCACUUCGGACCACAGUGUGACUGCAAGUUUAAACCACGGCGCAAUUAAUGAGGAAUAUACCAAAGCAAUAUGCGUAUAUAAUUAUUAGUUAAAUAAUGUUUAUUGUUUUAUUGCUUUAUAAUAUGUGCAAAUACAUUUAGGUCUCAUUAUAAAUAAAAUGGCUGAGUAGCUGAUUCUUAUUGUCAAAUAUACCGAAAUAAUUCGGUGUUUAAAAUACAAACAUAUCCUAAAGAACAGUGAGAAUCCGUCCAAAAUUGUUUUUAUGCUGAAAUGCUUUUAAAGCGAGUGGUGACGCUGAAAGCGGUAACAACGAGAGGUGACGCUAAAGGCGUUAUACAACGAGUAGUUACGCUGAAAAGCGUUAACAAUGAGUGAUGACGCUAAAGGCGUUAUACAACAAGUGAUGACGCUAAAGGCAUUAUACAACGAGUAGUGACGUUGAAAAGCGUUAACAACGAGUAGUGACGCUGGAGGCGUUAUACAACGAGUGAUGACGCUAAAAGGCAUAAUUAACGAGGACGUUACAAACUAGUAGUGACGCUAAAAUGUGAGAAAGGUUAGAAGGAUAUUCGUCUUAAGAUUUCCGUGUGGUCAAUACGAGUCGACGACAUACAUUUUUAACGUUAGAGGUGUAACUCUUUAUUGUAGAAUAUGUUAAUACCUCUAAAACGAUAUUUCAAAUUUUGAUAAUUGUCUACAUAGUAUUAAGAGAAUUUCAGUAUCAAACAAAUGUACUAUUGCACUGCUUAGCGUUAUCAAGCAAUCCUUGUUUUUUAUCUCUUCUGCAAGAGAUGUGCGCAGUAAGAAUAACACAGACAAAGAUAACAAUAAACAUGCAUCUAAAUUC